AUGCAGGACCUGCUGCACGUCCGCGGGCUCGCUCGAUCAGGAGGUUUCCUAUCUUCAUGCAGGAGCAGGGAAUUGUCAUGGUCAUGGAACCCAUACUCAAACACGGGGAAGUUUUUUCAAAUUCAAGGCCUCUGUGAGGUCGCUAGAGCAUCUACCCUAAUAACACUCGCUAAGGCUACCUGCCUUCAGCGAUGCUUCAUCUCAACAUGCCCAGAUCUCGAGGCGGACUGUGUCUGCAAGUCACUACUAGAUGCCAAAACCACUCUCUGCACAAACGAUUCCUGCGGCGAGGAGAUCUCAUAUUUGAGCCUAGCUCAAGAGUGCAAGAGAUAUCUGCCAACGUCAAGCUUAACUACAACUAGCACUGCUACCCCUACCAUAUCUUCUAUCGUUGCACCAACGACCACAGCGCCUUAUCCCACAGAGUUGGAACGCUUGCCAACAUCCACCUCCGUUUCCCUAACCACAGAUGCUUCUGCACCCCAAACCUCAUCUGAAUCCCAGGCCGACACCCAAUCCACCCGUGGACCUAGUCUCAAACAGCGCGCUCUCACUGCAGUUUUCGUCCUGGCACCAGUCAGCAUAGUGCUGAUGCUGGUUGCCAUCUUCGUCGUGAUCCGAAGACGCAAACAGGCCCGCCGCUCAAUAUCAAGCUUUGCAGGUGUGAAGGGUUGGAAUAGAAGCUCAAUGGCUUUGGCGGAACCGGCACCAGUGAGGGAUGUAGAACAGCAGUUUCCACCGCGGGUUGCGGACCAGGUUAGAGGGGGGUUCAGUUUGUUCCCAAAACCACCGACAUUCCCGGCACAAGUUCGGAGAUCAUCGGCGGCACUCACCACCAUGGAACCUAAGAAGGUGCUCCCGGAGGUGCCGCCGAUGUCACAGCAUCGUCCAAUCACAAGGAUCUCGGAAGUCUCGGAGACAGCGUCACCGACUAGGGAUAUAGGGACAUUUCAGACGAUGGAUUCGGAACUGCAAAGAGCGUUUUUGGAGGUCCGACAAGGGUUUCGACCAAACUCAACAAGGUCGAGUGCAGGGACUUCGAUGGAUUGGAGUAUGAUGAUCGAUAUAUCCCAGAGCAGUAACACUGGAAGUCGGAGAGACUCGGAACUUUCAUCAAAAGCUGGCAGCAAGACUGAUACGCGGUUUUCGUGGCAGUAA